UUUUUUUUUUUUUUUAGGGCUUUGAGAUUCUCAUCAUAAUGUCGCGACUCAAAGCUCCUUCAAACCUCCAUGAACUCGUCAGAACCACCUUCUCCAAGGCCCUCUCGGCAAAUGAGCUUCACUAUUUUCCCACUCAAGUCACCGUCUUGCAUGUAAAUUCAAUCCCCUUCCAACUGCGAUUCUCCCCAUCACUAGCAAACAAACCCAAAGGCCCCCCGCCAGAUCCGUCGCAGCCUCGCAAGCCGCCCUUUGACCCCUUUGCCCACCCUCCCGCCUCUCUCUUCAUCACUGAUCUGGGCCCGUCCCAUUUCCUCGUCUUGAACAAAUUUGCCGUUGUGCCGGAGCACUUUAUCCUUGCGACAAAGGAGAACAAGGCGCAGACUCAUGUGCUUGAGGAAUCUGAUCUGGAAGCCGCGCUUGCUUGUAUCGAGGCUUACGAGCAGGCAAGACAACCAUCAAACAAUCUUGAUGGAGCAGCUGCUCCUUCAGAAGAGAAAGGAUCGCAAGACGAUGGACUAUUCGUCUUUUUCAAUGGAGGGCCUCAUUCCGGAGCGAGUCAGGCCCAUAGGCAUCUUCAGCUGCUGCCAGUCUCCCGGAUGAAGGACGGCUUGGAAGAUCAAACCGCCUGGGACGUGCUCGCACAGCAGGCCGAUGCGCUGCAGAAAACACCCUUUGUUGCAUUUUCCGAGCUCAUCAACACGAACAUGUCCUCUGCGGACCUCUUUGCCGCCUAUUCCCGCGUCUACACAAAGGCCUGCCAGGCAGCCGCCCAAGAUGCGGGAUCCAAGGUAGAAGCAGUUCCUACAACGGGCGAAGCUCUCAUCAGCUACAACAUGGCCAUGACAAAGGACACUUUGGUCAUAUGCCCUCGCAAACAAGAAGGCUCUCCGAUCAAGAGCAGCGACGGGCGCGAGACUGUUGGAUCGCUCGCGUUGAACGGCACAGUCUUGGCUGGCACGGCACUGGUGAAGAACGAGGCAGAGUGGGAAGCGUUAAAGAAGAGUCCAGAGCAGCUCCUCGCGGUGCUACGCAGCAUCGGAAUCUCAAGAGGCGAGGCAGGAGAUGGUCACAAUAAGUUGUAGGAGGUGCAGCGGUUUUACCAAAAAAGACUUGUAUUUAGGAAAAAGAAUUCUUACAGAAUCUAGACAGAGAGAAGAAAAAGAAAAGAAAAUAAAAGAAGAAGAAAAUAAAGAAAGAGACUAUCCUGUACACUACAUCCAGAGAUGAAAAUCCGAAUGUCCAUGGUCUGUGGGUAUCGCCCGUUGCGCCUUUAGCGAAUGCGAAAAAUGCGAUGAUGAAAAGAAAGAGAGAAAAGCAAAAAAAAAAAAAAAAAAAAACAAGAUAGUAGAUCCCUUGUCUAUCCCCCCAAACUCCAAUAAUGUGUGCGUGUGUUCUCACCCUGAGUAAAUGCAGUCC